AUGAUAGACAAAGGCCAUGGUAAUGACCAUUCCCCGUGCAACAGACGCGUGAUCUCUCCUUUAGCUAAGGAAGUCACCUCUCCCUUCUUAUGUUAUCUCACCGGAGUUGACCAAUCAAUUGCUCUUUUCUUUGAUUCCACGAUAAAUCCGCAACCACCACAAGCCCAUACAACCAUCAGAUCAACUCAGAACAUGAAUUCCGCGCGGGCCCAAUUCUGUGCAAUGGCGGCCAAGUACUGCCCCGACUGGGAUUACACAGACUUGGAAGCAAUGCCACCUCCCAUCGACCUGGACUGUGAAAGUGGGAAACUUACAGUCCACCCAUACCCACCACCCAUUUCAAGCACAUGUGAAGAGGUGGACCCACAACCUCCGAUUUCGAGCACAAGUCAAGAUGUGGACCAAGCAAUGGUCCAGCUACUGUGCAAUGCUCUUGAUGAGGUUUGUUCUUCAGCGCAAGAAAUUGAUGAUUUCCGCAGAGAACUGGAAGGCAGUGUUGUUGUCUAUCCAAAAAAAGUCUUGCCCACGGAGCCGACCCUGGCCAAGCCAGAUGACCGAGCUGGCGAAUUCGAGCCGGUUGAUGAUGUUGAGAUGGAGACCUCGCCCACGGAGCCGACCCUGGCCAAGCCAGAUGACCGAGCUGGCGAAUUCGAGCCGGUUGAUGAUGUUGAGAUGGAGACCUCGCCCACGGAGCCGACCCUGGCCAAGCCAGAUGACCGAGCUGGCGAAUUCGAGCCGGUUGAUGAUGUUGAGAUGGAGACCUCGCCCACGGAGCCGACUGUCGCAACGAGUUCCUUGCACCCGAAACCUGCCCCUAGCCAGAAACCAGAUGACAAGAUUGGUGCGGAACAUAACCACUCUGCCUUGGAUCUCUCAAAGCGGCACAAGCUGAGGCCAAGAUUUCGGCCUGAGGAGACCCAAGUGAUCGUCGACUUUGUAGCAUCAGAACCUGCUGGACCACUCAAGCCUUCCUUUUGGGAGCACGUUGCCACUCUGAUCGAUCAAAAAUUCAAGACCAUCAACCAAUGUGAACGUGCAGCAAAACGUUGCAGGAUACACUACAAUUUUGUGAGGAGUUGGGGUCCUUGA